GCGGGCGGCAUGGCGGGUGGGAUGGGUAACGAGGGCGCCCCGCGGGGCCCCCGGCCUCCCGCCGCCCUCUGCCCUUAGCCCGCGCGGGGGUGCUUCCCUGUCCUGCGGGGGCGGUCGUUUUCCCAAGCGGAAGGGGACGCUCAGAGGACGGCGGGGGCGCGGCCACCUGCUGGAGCCCGGGCUUGUGCGCCUGUGGCGGGUGGGCAUAGAGCCUGGUCCGGGGACAGAGACCCGCGAGUGCCCCGAUGGCCCGCCUUCUCGGCGCAGCCCGCACGUCUGCACACGCGCGCCCUGGAGCGGCUUCUGAGGGCCGCCGGUGAAGGCGGCGGGCACGCGCGGGCGCCUGCUCGGUGCCACUGAAAAGACCCAUCCAUGGAAGGCAAACCCUUGCUGACUUCCAAACAGAAGACGGAAGUGGUGUGUGGGGUCCCCACGCAGGUGGUCUGCACAUCCUUCAACAGCCACAUCCUGGUGGUGGUGACCCAGUUCGGGAAGAUGGGUACCCUGGUCUCCCUGGAGCCCAGCACCGUGGCUGGUGACAUCAGCAAGCCCGUGCUCACCACCAAAGUCCUUCUUGGGCAGGACGAGCCUCUCAUCCACGUCUUUGCAAAGAACCUGGUGACGUUUGUGUCUCAGGAGGCUGGAAACAGAGCGGUCCUCCUGGCCCUGGCCGUGAAGGACAGGAGUGUGGAGGGGCUGAAGGCCUUGAAGGAGGUGAUCCAGUCCUGCCAGGUGUGGUGACCCUGGAGGCAGCAGCUGCGCCUGCUACUCAGCGAGCCGAGGGGACACGCGGAUACUCUCUUGAUAUGGAAGCACUCCCUCGGUUAGUCAGGAGGAGCAACUCUGGCUUAGCUCUAGAAGCUGGAGGAAAUACGCCCGUCCCAGGCAGACCCGUACUUUGGGCACUAACGUACCCGCGGAUGGAGGAAAGCUGAGGAGUGUGUCUUGGGGGUUUGUGAACGGUUUUUACUAGGGUCCAAAUAGCUGCGUGUAUUCGAGACUGAGAGAUGAGUCAUUAGGUUGGAGUCCUGGCCCUCCAUGUGCAGUAUCUGUCGUUGAAGGAAAUUUUUUUUAUUCACAAUAAACGCCUAUCCCCAAAUAAUUCACCAGCCUUCCUGGCGAUACUGAGAACUAGCAUCCCACGGUGCAGGACACUAUGCGGAAGUGGGAGGAGACCUUGUUUAGCAAGGUUCACACGCUCUACACACUUCUUUUGCUCCUCCUUCUCUGACUUCUCCGGACAGCUAUGAACUUCCAUUCCGCAAACAUCCAUUACUGUCCUGCUGCAUGACAGGUCCAGUGAGGCGCUGGCUUCGGGAUGGCGUUUGCCCUUGCGGACAGCAGCUCGGACCCUCUGGGCUGGUCCUCAUCCCCCACUAGUGGCGCGUCGCUGUCCAUGUGCCUGCCGUGUGAGUCCGCCCCACAGGAUUGGAGACAAGAGAGGAUGCGGGCUCGGGGUCUGGAAGCUGGGGUCCCAGUGUAAAGAGCAGCAGCCAGCUAGCUUGGUCAGUGGAGCGUGCAACUCAAUCUUGGAGCUGUGCGUUCCGGCCCCAUGGUGGACCUAGAGAUGACCUAAAAAUAAAGUCUUAAAAGAGA